AGAGAGAGACUGAACGGUGAUUGAGAGAGAAGAGAGCUGAACGGCGGUGGCGGCAGCCAUCUUAAACCUACCGCACUAAUCCGAGAUAUACAUCUUCUGGAUAUUUUUUGCAACACUGAGCUAAAUCAGAUUUUACCGGGCGAGAGGAGACAGAAUAAGAGUGCUUAAAUCCUUUGCUGUUUUUAUUACGAAGACGGGAUGCGGAUCCGCGGGGCGAAACCUUCCGCUUCUGCGGUAGCUCUGCUUUUAGGACUAUUAUGCGCGGUGGAGGCAGCCAAAGUAAAUAAGCACAAGCCAUGGAUUGAGAACACGUAUCAUGGUAUCGUAACGGAAAAUGAUGACAAAGUUCUCCUGGACCCUCCGCUGAUAGCCUUGGAUAAAGAUGCCCCGCUGCGCUAUGCAGAGAGUUUUGAGGUGACCUUCACCAAAGAAGGGGAGAUCUGCGGCUUCAGGAUCCACGGGCAGAACGUACCGUUCGAAGCGGUGGUGUUGGAUAAGUCUACUGGCGAGGGUGUGAUCCGGGCCAAAGAUAAACUGGAUUGUGAGCUGCAAAAGGAGCAUACUUUCACCAUCCAGGCCUAUGACUGUGGAGAGGGACCUGAUGGCGACAACAUGAAGAAAUCUCACAAGGCUACCGUCCACAUCCAAGUGAAUGACAUGAACGAGUAUUCACCGGUGUUCAAAGACAAGUCCUACAAAGCCACAGUGAUCGAGGGCAAAAAGUAUGACAGCAUCCUGAAGGUGGAGGCUGUGGACGCUGACUGCUCUUUCCAGUUCAGUCAGAUCUGCAGCUAUGAGAUUGUCACCCCGGAUGUGCCCUUUACCAUUGACAAGGAUGGCAACAUCAAGAACACAGAGAAGCUGAACUACAGCAAGGAACGCAUGUACAAACUCACUGUGACCGCAUAUGACUGCGGUAAAAACCGGGCAUCUGAGGACGUUCUUGUGAAAAUCAACAUCAAGCCGACCUGCAAACCAAGCUGGCAAGGAUUUAAUAAAAGGAUUGAAUAUGAGCCUGGUACAGGAAGUCUAGCCCUGUUCCCCAGCAUGCACCUGGAGACCUGCGAGGAGCCAAUCACCUCCAUUCAGGCCAGCAUCAUGCUGGAGACUAAUCACAUCGGCAAGGGUUGUGACCGCGACACAUACUCCGAAAAAUCCCUGCACAAGCUGUGCGGUGCCAGCGCUGGCACUGUGGAUCUGUUGCCUGCUCCCAGCAACUCUGCCAACUGGACUGUUGGCUUGCCCACUGACAACGGGCACGACAGCGACCAGGUGUUUGAGUUUAAUGGCACCCAGGCCAUCAAGGUCCCUGAGGGUGUGGUGAGCACCACCCUGAAAGAGCCCUUCACCAUCUCCGUGUGGAUGAGACACGGACCUGGAGGCAGGGAGAAGGAGACCAUCCUCUGCAACUCUGACAAGACCGAGAUGAACAGACACCACUAUUCCCUGUACGUACACAACUGUCGUCUUGUGCUGCUGCUGCGUCAGGAGCCCACCGAAUCAGAGAACUACAAACCUGCUGAAUUCCACUGGAAACUCGAUCAAGUGUGUGAUAAAGAAUGGCAUCACUACGUGUUGAACAUUGAGUUCCCAGCAGUGACUUUGUUUGUGGAUGGUGCCACCUUUGAGCCCUUCCUGGUCACGGAGGAUUACCCUCUGCAUGCCUCUAAGAUCGAAACCCAGCUCACCAUCGGCGCCUGCUGGCAAGACCUCUCAGGACAUGACAAUGAUACUGAGACUCUCUCAGAGCCUUUGACAGGUGGCAGCGCUCUCAUGACUCAGUACUUCAGGGGAAACCUGGCUGGACUCAUGAUCAGAUCUGGCAAACUGGAGAACAAGAAAGUUAUCGACUGCCUCUACACCUGCAAGGAAGGUCUUGAUGUGCAGCUUCCAGAGGAAGUAGCCUCUGCUGUGAAGGUGGAGUUUAACCCCAACCAGUCCUCGCUGACGCUGGAGGGAGAUGACAUUGAGAGUUUUGAGAAGGUCAUGCAGCACAUCUCCUACCUAAAUUCCCGGCAGUUCCCCACCCCAGGAAUCCGCCAUCUGCGUGUCACCACCACUGUCAAAUGCUUCAAUGAGGAGACGUGCAUCUCUGUGCCUGACUCUGAAGGCUACGUGAUGGUCCUCCAGCCAGAGGAGCCAAAGAUCAGCCUCAGUGGAAUUGACCAUUUUGCCCGUGGAGCGGUUGAAUUUGAGAGCACGGAGGGCAUUACGCUCUUCCCUGAGCUGCGCAUCGUCAGCACCAUCACCCGUGAGGUGGAGGUGGAAGCUGAGACCGAGACCGACGGCGAGGAUGACCCAACAGUACAAGAGACGGUGGUAUCUGAGGAGAUCAUGCAUAACUUGGACACGUGUGAGGUGACUGUGGUGGGAGAUGAACUAAACGGAGAUCAUGAGAGUUUGGAGGUGGAUCUGGCCCAAAUCCAGCAGAGAGCUCUGGAGAUGAGCUCUUCCAACGUGGGCAUGGUCAUCACAGGGGUUAACAGCAUGGCGAACUAUGAACAGGUCCUGCAUCUGAUCCGCUACAGGAACUGGCACACAGAGGCUCUGUUUGACAGGAAGUUUAAACUUGUCUGCUCUGAACUCAAUGGCCGCUACAUCAGCAAUGAAUUCAAAGUGGAGGUCAACGUGAUCCAUACUGCCAACCCCAUGGAUCAUGCUAACAAUGCUAUGGUACAGCCUCAGUUCAUCAACCAAGUACAGCAUGCUUCAGUGGACCUGUCUGGACACAACCUGGCCAACACCCAUCAGGCCUCAGUUGUUCCCAGCGCGGCCACCAUCGUUAUUGUUGUGUGUGUGAGCUUCCUGGUGUUUAUGAUCAUCCUUGGCGUCUUCCGGAUCCGUGCUGCCCACCAGGGCACAAUGAGGGACCAGGAACACGGCAAAGAGAACGAAAUGGACUGGGAUGACUCUGCCCUCACCAUCACCGUCAACCCAAUGGAGACUUACGAGGAUCAGCACAGCAGCGAAGAGGAAGGAGAUGAGGAAGAGGAAGAGAGCGAGGAUGGAGAGGAGGAAGAUGACAUCACUAGCGCAGAGUCAGACAGUAGUGAGGAUGAGGGUGGUGAACAGGAAGACCAGCAGGGAUCGAGCAGACAGCAGCAGCUGGAGUGGGACGACUCCACCUACUGAUCCUCCUGAGCACACAGCACACACACACACACACACACACACACACACAAUGACAAAUCCACCCAUGCACAGUCACAUCCCUCUGCCAAUAGGGACACCCAUGUUCCCCCUACCUAAGGAGCCAUGCGUAAAAAUGCGGAAAACUAAACUAAACGAUUACAAUACAUGUAAAAUAUAGAUACGAUUACGAUCCGGUGUCUGUCAUGACAGGUGUUGCAGUUCGCUUCAUUUCCACCUACCAAGGCUUCCCUACCGACAUAUUGUGGUGGUACUCAGUGUAGUAUAGUUUCACAGCUAUCUCAAUACAACUUCCUAAUUUAUUCAAUCUUUUUCUGUCCUAUCUGAGGGAAUCCUGGCCUUCAUUUGCAUUUUCUUUAAGCUCUGUACGGACUUUAAGCCCUGCACUUUUACUUUUCUAACUGAGCUUUGAGAAUGAUUUAAUGUAUAUUCCUCGCACAUGACGUUUAAGGUUGAUUUGCUACAGGAAUUUUGAUUUCCGAUCACUUUUUCUUCUUCUUUAUAUUGCAUGGCAAGAUUUGGAAUCAUGGGUAUGGAAGAAAACAACAGCUUUUUGAUAUUUUGUAAAUAAGACAAAACCAUGUAAUUAGUCAAAUGUGUUCGUGAAAGCCUAACCAACGGUUGCCGGUGUCUAAAAAGACACAGUACCUGCUGUAGAAUAUUAUUAUGUCAGAUGCUCUUAGCAUGUUUCAGUAAAUGUCAUGCUCGUACAAAAGACGUCCGCAGAGAGAAACCCAUGACAGAGGCUGAGGUUUCUGUGGGAAAGUGUCAUUCAUUUUGUCUUUUCUCUUGGAGGACGGUGUGCAUCUUUUUGUUUGUUGGUUCAGUUUUUUUUUUUUUUGCUUUACGUUAAUUCUAGCUGGGCUUGCAAUCGCACAAAAGCAACUCCAAGGCUUUAGUGCUUUUAUUUCAGUGACGUUUCGGGAACUAAUAAUCAUAUUCAGGUGAUGAAUAUACCGUUGUUGUUUUGUUUUUUCGCGUGGUACUGUAAGUUGUACAGUUUAGGCACACAGCAGUGAUGUAAGCCAUUCUUAAGUGAUAGUGCUAGUGUUUUCUGUCAUAAAUAGAGACCAAUUGGAAUCACAGUAUGCAACGUUAAUAACCCAGUCCGAAUAACAUUAUGACUGAAAAGACGUGAUGCGCUGGUGAUUUCUCAACAAUGUGUGCAUUGAAAAGUCUGUUGUGUACUUGUGUACUCUUUCAACAGACCUCUUGCUAAAAUACUGGCUUGAGUUGGUCAGUUACAAGAACUGUACUAAACAAAAUUAUUGGCGUUGGGGUUGAUUUUAUUAUAUAUAUGUAGUAUUUUUAGUAAUUUUAUUUUCAAAUUCAGGGUUAACCCAAGUUAUUCUUGUCAUUUCAAGGCCCCUAAAAGCAUUGAAAGGGCUAAUUUGCCUAUCAGCGCAUUAAAAGAAAUGAAUUGAAACUCUUAAAGCAUAACGCAUUUUUUGCAGUAUGGUCAUUGAUUUUCAUUUCACAUGGAACUGUGCUGUAGAGUUGUGUAAAGAUAUUUGUUUACAUUUGGUAAACUUGUAUUCCUUUUUGGCGAUGCUAUCAAUCUACUCCAGAUUUGCAGGUCAUUUCUCCUCGUAGACGUGUUCAGAAUCAUGCCGUAGUUGAAUUUUCUUACCGUGAUUGGACAUUUUGGGACACGCCCCUUCCAAAAUGGUAUUUUAUUGGAGAAAAUAAUACUCUGUUCCCUUUGGGCAUAAAAAAAAAGAAUGUUAAUUAUUUAGGAGAUUGUACAUUGAUUGAUUGUUUAAAGACGGACGUGAAGCUUUAGGGUACAGAUUUGUUUUUGUUUACAUGCAUGAACUUUCUCAGUUUAAGGCCUAGGCUACAAGGCUUUAUGAUUGGUGGUAUGAAUAUAAUUUUAUGUCAUGUCAGGAAAAGGUACAAUGCAGGAAGCUGUAGAGAAGGUCUGUUUUUGUGACCCAUGAAAGGGCAACGGUAAUAUUUUUGUAGGUUUUAGUUUUUAUUCUGUUUUGGUCUUCAGGUCCCCCUUCCAAAUUGACAGGAGCUUUAAAAAGAGGUCCAGAAUUCAGCCGGUGGAGUUGGGAGUGCCUUUAGCCCGUCGCAGCGCAUUAAUAACACAACUAACCAAACAAUCAUCCAUGCCAUUUUAGUCGUUGCAAUUUUCUCUUUUUAUAAUUAUUUCCUGUUCGAUUUCUUACAUGUAUGGGGAAGUGAUUUUGUUUUAUUUAAUUUUCUGUUCGGGAUCAACAGCUAGUUUUAUCAAGAGUGGACGUUUUAGAUGUCUUGUGUUCAUGUUGAUGUGUAGAAAAAAAAUAGUCCACACUGUAUCAUCAAUGAAUAUUGUACUAAAUCAUGUUUAAAAAAAAAAAAAAGUACAUUAUUAUAUGCAGCAUAUGUGGGUAUGAGUUUAACAAUAUGUGUAUAGUGAAAGAGGGCAGCAUGAAAUUCACAAGAAGCAUACACAUAAUGAUUUCUCACACAAAUGUAAUAGUCUCUCACAACUUGCAAUUCUUUUAAAAACUGUUUGAUCGAUGUUUGAUCCAUUCAAUGAGACCAAAUUGAGUAUAAUCAAUGUUUGUACUGAAAAUCGCACAGUGGUUUGUAUCUUCCCUCCUUUCCCCUGAUGCAAAUAUUCAUCUGCAGGUUCUCGAGGAAAAACUCAUGUGAAUUGUAUUUCGAAACAAUGUGAUUUUGUCAUUUGGUUUUGAAGAUUUUAAGGCACCGGCGCAGAAACUUUCCAUAAUAAAUAAGCAGUCUGUGCUGAGUGUGAACGGCUGCAGAUGGUGGUUGUCUAACGGGGCAUUGUCUUUGCAUGUAUAACACAAGAUAGAAAUAUUUCCUGUAACUGGCACAUGGUACUGUGGGUUUGGAGCGGAGUAGAUGGGACGGGAGACAGGUGAUACUACUGAAUCAAAGAUUAUCUGUCUCCGGUUUGCAGUCUUCAGUGGUCAUUGUUCACAUUUUGAAUCACUUUUAUUUUUUUGCUCUAUAAAUGAAAUCGGGGAUGUUGUAGAACUGUUGGAUGCUGCCUUCCAGCUCAUUCACUUUUCUAUUAUUCAGAGGAAUAAUUAUAGUGAAGUCAAUGCUUGCUCAUGAACAAAAUAAAGGAUGAAAUGGGAAUAAA